AUGGAACAAGGAAUGGAAAGACGUCAAUUCGAAUUGGCCCGAGUACAGGCCUGUCAGCCAGGUGCUAGCACGCUCAGAGGGAAAUGGACAGGACCUGGCCAUGAAUGGUGGUGUGAGGAGUGGGCAAAGAGCAUGUCAAGGCUUGAACAAAGACCAAUACAUGCGUGGGAAGUAAUGGAAAUGGUGAAAAACUUGAAAGACGGCGAAGGAUUGAGAAUUGCGGCACCACCAAGGGAACAGGCCAAAGAAGGGAACAAGCAGCCAGCAGAUAGUAGGCCCAGAGAGAAUUGGGCAGGCCCUGGCCAUGAAUGGUGGUCUGAGGAGUGGGCAAAGAGCAUGUCAAGGCUUGAACAAAGACCACUACAUGCGUGGAUAGUAAAAGAGAGGGUGAAAAACUUAAAAGACGGCGAAGUGUUGAGAAUUGCGGCACCACCUAGGGAACAGGCCAAAGGAGUGAACAGGCACGCACAAGGCUGUCAGCCAGCAGAUGGCAGGCCCACAGGGAAAUGGACAGGACAUGACCGUGAAUGGUGGUUUGAGGGUUGGCCAAAGAGCUGGUUAGAACCUGAACAAAGUUCUAACCAGCUAUUUGAGGAUUGUCAGCCAGCAGAUAGCAGGCCCACAGGGAAAUGGACAGGACAUGACCGUGAAUGGUGGUUUGAGGGUUGGCCAAAGAGCUGGUUAGAACCUGAACAAAGUUCUAACCAGCUAUUUGAGGAUUAG